UAACGCAUACAUCCAAAACUUCACUCGCACGUUCAAUUUUCUUUUAUAUAUAGCCCUUCCUUCUGCUUAAUUUCUUGCACCAAACCCUAUCUUACUUCAAGAAACAGCUUGAAUUUUAAUUCAAAAGAAACGCUUUCUUGAUCUCUUAAUUAGCUAGCUAGCUACGUGCCAUGUUAAUCUUUCUCAUUAUCUGUGUUUCUUUAGGGUGUUUUCUCUUUUCUUUCUUGUUUUCUCUCUUUCAAGUAUUCUACAACACUCGUCAUGACAUGAAGUUACUCUCCUCACAUGGCCCUCCUUCCUAUCCAAUUAUCGGUUGUUUGUUAUCUUUCUACAAGAAUCGUUUCCGUCUUUUAGAUUGGUAUACUGAUCUUUUAUCAGUUUCACCAACACAAACCAUUGAAGUGCAGCGGCUUGGUGGCCGCCGAAUCGUUGUCACUGCUAAUCCAGCCAAUGUUGAACAUAUGCUCAAGAGCAAUUUCAGUAAUUUCCCCAAAGGAAAACCCUUUACUGAAAUUCUUGGGGACCUUCUUGGCUGUGGCAUUUUCAAUGCUGAUGGUGAGUUAUGGUCCACGCAGCGAAAACUGGCUAGUCACGAGUUUAGCACCAAGUCUUUAAGAGAAUUUGUGGUGAAAACUUUGCAGGAAGUAGUUGAAAAUCGUUUGAUACCUUUGCUGGAAGAUGCUGCUGAUAGAGAAAGUGUUCUUGAUUUGCAAGAUGUGUUGAGAAGAUUUGCUUUUGACAUUGUCUGUCUUGUUUCUUUGGGCACUGAUCCCUUCUGCUUGGAUUUUUCACGCCCCAUUCCACCUCUUGUUAAGGCUUUUGAUACUGCAUCGGAAAUUAGCGCCAUGCGUGGAACAGCACCUGUUUACGCUGUGUGGAAGACAAAGCGAAUGCUGAAUCUAGGGACAGAAAAGAAACUGAAAGAAGCAGUCAAGAUGGUUCAUAGCUCAGUUCUAGAGAUCGUCAAGAACAAGAAGAAGGUUCUUGAAAAUGACCAAGGAAGUGAUCUUUUAUCAAGGUUGCUAUCAGGUGGUCAUGAUGAGGAGGUUAUAAGAGAUAUGGUGAUCAGUUUCAUUAUGGCAGGAAGAGAUACAACAUCAGCAGCAAUGACUUGGCUAUUUUGGUUGCUAUCAAAGAACAAAAACUCAGAGGAAAUGAUCGUGAAAGAAGUAACAACAUUGCUCAACCGUGGUGAAAAGGCUAUUGAUUUUGAACUACUUAAAGAGAUGAACUUCUUGAAAGCAAGUUUAUGCGAGUCCAUGCGGCUAUAUCCUCCUGUAGCUUGGGACUCAAAGCAUGCCCUUUCCGAUGAUAUCUUGCCGGACGGAACUUUUGUAGGGAAAGGGGAUAGAGUAACCUAUUUCCCUUAUGGGAUGGGCAGAAUGGAGAAACUAUGGGGCAAGGACUGCUUCGAGUUUAAACCUGACCGCUGGUUCAACAAACCGGUUGGGUUCGGGUUCGAGUCGACAGGUGACAGAGUAAUGAAGUCGGUGAGUCCAUACAAGUUUCCAGUUUUCCAGGCUGGUCCGAGGGUGUGCCUUGGCAAGGAAAUGGCAUUCAUACAGAUGAAGUAUGUGGCGGCUUCGAUAUUGAGACGGUUCGAGAUUAGACCGGUUCGAGAGGACCAGCCGGUCCUUGUUCCUCUGUUGACGGCUCAUAUGGCUGGCGGACUGAAGGUCACGGUCAAGAGAAGAAUUGAAAAUUGUUAAGUGUCCUUGUAAAUUAAGUUGUGGCUGUAGCAAAAAGUCGGUAUGCAAAAGAUGUAGAAGUAUUUUUAAUGCAAAAGUUUGAUGAUUUGCCUUCAAAACAUAA